ACCGCAUCCUAAACCCCCGACGAUUGACUCCCAUCGCGGCUCCAACGCAAACGACACUCCGGCCACGAAUAGCGCUUGCGAUUGUUUCCGACACGCUCCCGCUACCACCCGACGUACAGCCCGGCCCGGAACCAAUUCUCUAGGCCAUUGCCCGAUCCCCUGUGGUCCGCGACCCGUUGUGAGCUAUCGUCGUCUUGCCCGCAGCUGGCGACACAGGGGCCCAGCAUGCUCGUCUCCCUCACCGUCGGCAAGGUCGACGCCGGUGUCACGGUGCUACUGACGCCGGACAAGCGACUGAUCGAGUUUCCGUCCAUCCUCCUCCCGCCCAACAUCUCCUCCGGCAGCAUCGUCGACAUCAACGUCUCCCAGAACAGCAGCAAAGAGAGCGCCGAGGAGCACAAGUUCCGCGCCCUGCAAGACCGCAUCUUCAACUCGUUUGGCGCCUCAGAGCCGUCGACGCCUGCCCUGCGCUGCCGCAAUGCCACGCAGACCUCAGUCGUCCUGGAAUGGGACCCCAUCGAGCUCGCCACGGCCGACCUGAUAUCCCUGAGCCUGUACCGCAACGGGCAAAAGGCGGGCAACAUCCCCCGCCCGCUGCAGAUGCACAGCACCAAGAUCAGCGGCCUCGCCGUCGACACCGAGUACACGUUCCACCUCGUGCUGCGGACCAGCGCCGGCACGCGCCUCAGCGACAAGGUGACGGUGAGGACGCACAAGAUGACGGACCUGAGCGGCAUCACAAUCACGACGGGGAUACUGCCCGGCGCCGUCAAGGAGAGCCUGACGCAGGCGGUGGAGCGCAUCGGCGCCAAGAUUGUCGACGGCGUGCGCAUCGAUACGACGCAUUUCGUCACGACCGAGGGCAGAGGCACGGCGUGGGAAAAGGCCGUCGAGAAUAACAUACCCGUUGUUCGUCCCGAGUGGGUCGACGCAUGCGAAAAGAAUGGGCGCAUCUUGGGCGUGACCAAGUUUUACCUCGACGCCAUGAGACCCGGCCCGCCCAGCGACGAGCAGGUCGCGCCGCCCGUACCGCCCAAAGAGGAGCCCCCCCGCGAGACUCCCGCAGCACAGAGCGGCGCGGAGCCGGAAGGAGACGAUUAUGACGAAAAGGGGGGUCACGAGCGGCAGUCCAGCGACGACGACGACGAUGUCGACGAGCCGACAGAGCCGGAACAGAAAGCCAAGAGCCCGCUGCCUGACGAGCAAAAGAUGCGUCUUGAAGACAUGGAGGAGCAAAAGGUGGCUCUCCGUCCCAAGGAGGAGGAACACUCAAAGGAUGACGAGGCUGCCAACGGCGAGAGGGAAGCGAGCGAGGCCAAGGACGAAGACGGCGAACCGAACGGCAAGCCAGCAGCAACGCCGGAUGGGGCUUCAUUUCAGGAGGUCGAGUUGUAGGAAGGAUCCUCUCGUUUCAGCUCGUCAAAAAUAAUACUUUACGCGGGACAAGUGGUGUCCUGCCAGCGGUGACCCCGGCUGGACCUUGAGAUGCCAGUGGAUAGGUACCUUAUAGCAAUCUCAAGCUUUCCUCCUCCCUCCCUCUCCCUCCCUCAAGGGGGCACCUCCUCGCCCUUCCAGUCCCAGCAUUUGCCCCUCUGCUCCGGCGUCAGGCCCCGUAUCACGUCCACCAUCCUCUCCGCCGCGAACUCCGGGCUGAAGAGCUUGCCCUCGGGCACGCCGCCCCAGAAGUCGCGGCUGAAGUCCGUCUUGACCGUCCCCGGGUGGUACGCCACGGCCAGGGCCUUGCCGCCGCACCGCCCCUGCAGGUGGAGGUCCAGGCCGCGCGUGAGGCUGAUGACGG